AUGGCCAACAUUGUGGUGAAGACCAUCUGGCAAUCCAAGGAAAUAAAUGAGGCCGGAGACACACCAUCAGGUAUUGAAAGUCGGGCCCAGAGCAGCAAGGAUCAGCUUGGAAAGUCUGCUAGCAUCAAGGGCUUUCCCAAAAAAAAGAAAGCCGUCUCUUUCCAUGGAGUCGAGCCCCAUUUUACCAGUGAAAGUCCCAAUCUGAAUUUGAAGCGUUCUUCUGCUUGCACUAAUGUUUCUCUUCUGAAUCUAACUGAUGGGGAACGUGAUGACUCUACCACUGAGAAUGAAUCAACGGAUGAUGGAGGCUUACCAGGGGGAGCAGGAGGCGAAAGACGGGAUCCUCUAUUUCCCAUCAAGCCAGCAUGGUCAGAAGAUGAAGAUGAUACUUCUAGCCAGCAGGAAGUGAGCAAUAGUGGCCUUUUGCGAGCCAAGGACUCCAUUACCAGUCUCAAGGAGAGGACAUCUAAGGUCAACCACCAUCUUCAGAAUCUGCAGGAAAGCUGUCGAAAGGUGACCAAAUCUGUGGAGGAUGCUGAAAUUAAGACCAGUGUGCUGGAAGAAAAUUCAGCCCUCUUGGAGGAGAAACUGCGUAAUUUGCAGCAACAAGUUCAAGUAGAAGACUUUCGUUGGAAAUGUAUGCUGGACCUGGCCCAGAAGGAGGCAUUGCGGCUGCUGGCUCAGCUGGGGGUGCGCUUGGAGGGUGUUCUUCCCCAGCGGGAAAGGACACAGGUGGAACAAGGCCAGGAGCUCAGGAUGCUGCGGGAGGAACUGGAUGAAGUCUCUACCACGGCAAAACGGACUUCAGUAUCUCUCACUCAGCUUCGGGCAGACCUUGAUGGACUCCUGGAAGACAUAUCCCGACAUCUUGCAACAAUGAAGAAUAUGGAAGCAUCCGACCGGCCUCCUAAUUGUGCUAGAUGUUCCAGACCAGCAGGUAAUUGCAGUUUUCCAGUUCACAGAAGAGAAGGUUCAGUAUUACAGAACUACAGCAUUGUGAAUACAGAGGUGCUGAGAAAGAUGUUUGAACAUGCGAUGGCACCCAUUUUGGAGGAGCUGAAGCAGCGGGGCCAAUCAGAAGGCAAAUGCCCCAGCUGCCAGCGUUUGCAGAAGACGAUGUCACAGUGAGGCACAGAGUAGACUAACCCCAGACUCCCCUGCCCCCAAUAAAAUGUUUCCAGAGUGCAGUCUUUCUGGAGCAAUUUUCUGAUCCUAAGUUGAUGCAGGCCAGAUUGAGAUGGCCAUAUGCUGGAAAGUCUGGAGACAGGCCACCUUGGCUAUGGAUAUACAAUCUUCAAAACUGCCUUACCCUGAGUUCUAUUCCCAUUCUGAUCGGACAUUAGUUCAUCAAAAUUUCUUUCAGAAAUUUUUCUAAACACUGCUAAAAAUAUUUUGAGACCUUGAAAAAUGAACUUGUGAUCUUCAGUGGGCAAAGCACAAUAGCUUUGACACUAAACUUUUCUUCCUCUGAUCUUGGCUAAUAAUGGGAAUUCCACAGUCUGAGAACAUAGUCCAACAAUUAAAUGCAGCCUUUGAAAACCUUUAAUGUACUUUCCUGAGUACUUCCAUUAGUGCUGAAUGGUAAAUUUAAUGUGACUAAAAAUGAAAGUCAUAACGAACAAUAUUAAUUGUAAUGAUGUGUUAAUUAAAUUCUGUUUUGUCCUGGCCCUGUUGAUUUUGACAAGUGCAACCUCCAUAUAUUUUUUGCAAGUCCAAAUGUGACUGAGAGGGAAAUAAUGCUACAAAUUGCUCAGCUAUAGUUUUGCACUAGCUUCUGAGUGGUCUUCCUGUCUACUUCCAUGUUGCUCUUUUUCUCAUUUCCAUCUAUUUUCCUAUAAAUAUUUUUUUUGUAUUUUGUAGGAAGGAUAAUAGCACUGAGGUUGGUGUAGUACAGUGAACUAACUUUGGGGAGUGGAAAAAAACCUUCCCAUGUCCAGCUGAAUAAAUCUAAGGGCAUUCACAAAAAUAGUGAAUUAUAGCUGAUUGCCUGUUCAAGCUUCAGGUGUUGGGAUACAUGAGCUCAGAAACAGUGUUUUCCUUUUCAUUAAUAGGCAAAUUAGCAUAUGUGUCUCUCCAGUUUUCUCUUCACUCUUCUUGCGAAACUUGCUUACUGCAAGUUUAGAAUGUCAGUUUUGUUCUAUUUUAUUUAUCAACACAUAUUUUGCAUAUAUGGAAAGCCAUCAUUUUUGCACUGUUAUUUAUUCCAUGGACAUAGUAUCUUAGUCUCUUGGUGGCUUUAUGAAGGACAAUUUCUACAUGGCCUAAUUUUAAAAAUCCUUUGUAAUUGAUCUGUCUCUUCCCAGGUAUUUCUAUAAGGGAAAAGGCGGGGGGGGGGGGAGUCUGAGAAACAGUAGGGUGGAAGAAAAGGAAAAAGAAUCACUGAGGAGUUGCUAAAUGAAAUUGUAUGUGAAGAGAAAUUUAGUUUUGCUCUUUCUUUCCCUUCCAGCUUUUUGUGUCAUGUAGCUGAAAUUCUCAAGAGAACCCCAGCAUUUGGCUGGGGCAGGCAUUAUUUGUUUAAUCAUUUCAGAUCCUUCUGCAGCCUUGUAACUAGGCUAGCAGUCUUCAGCAAAUUGUUAUUUUAUGUCGGAAGCAUUUAAAAAAAAAAAAACCUGAACAUCAGCUAUUGCAAAUCAAACUGAGCUAUAAUGAAUCUCUUGAUAAACCACAAGUUAAGACCAGUGAUGGAAAGGCACAAAAAUGGUGGUUCCAUGUAUUUCCCCUCUUCAGAGAUAAACAUGUACUUCUGUUAGAACAGAAUGCUACUUCUGUUGGCUAUAAUUAAUUGCCAAAUGUCAGAAAUAUGUAAGUUACAGGUACUUGGGUUCAUUUUGCAAUCAUUCAGUUACGACAGUGCUAAAAAAAGUGAUUUAUUCUGAUCCUUGCACAUAACAAUUGCACAUCCCUGUGGUUUGGUUAUGUGAUUGAAAUUGGCUGCUUUGCAACCAGCAUGUAUUUAUGACAGCUGCAGUUUCCUGGAAGUUGAGGGCAUAAAAGGUCUUAAAAUCAGGUGCACCUUACUUAAUGACUACCUCACCUAACAAUGCAGAUUCCAGUCCCAAUUGUGAUUGUCAGUUGAAGUCUAC